AUGACCGCCACCAAAAUCGACGGCAAUGCCAUUGCCAAAACCAUUCGUGAGCGAAUCUCGAGCGAGGUGGCCGGCAAGCAGGCCAAGAAUGCCCGCUACAAGCCCAGCCUGGUCAUCAUCCAGGUUGGCGACCGUACCGACAGCUCCACCUAUGUUCGCAUGAAGCUCAAGGCCUGUGAAGAGGCCAAUAUUGCCUGCCGGCUGGAAACCUACCCCGAGUCCAUUACCGAGUACGAACUGCUCGAGAAUAUCGACCAUUACAACAACGAUGAGUCAGUCCACGGCAUACUGGUGCAGCUACCUCUGCCCAAGCAUCUCGACGAGUACGAAAUCACCUCUGCCGUAGCCGACGASAAGGAUGUUGACGGUUUCGGCACCGCCAACAUUGGCGAGCUGGCCAAGAAGGGCGGAAAGCCAUUGUUCAUUCCUUGCACUCCCAAGGGUGUCAUGGUCCUGCUGAAAGAGUCUGGCGUCGACCUCAAGGGCAAGAACGCCAUCGUGAUUGGGCGUUCUGAUAUUGUCGGUGCUCCAGUGAGCUACCUGCUGCGGCAUGCAGAUGCUACUGUCACCGUAUGUCACUCCAAGACACAAAACCUCAAGGAGAUUGUCAAGACGGGUGACAUUGUCGUGGCUGCCCUUGGUAGCCCAGGCUUCGUCAAGGGAGACUGGCUCAAGCCGGGCGCCGUCGUAAUCGACGUUGGCACAAAUGGCGUGCCAGACGAUACCAAAAAGUCUGGACAACGCUUAGUCGGAGAUGUCGAUUUCGAGUCUGCCGCGGAGGUUGCCAGCCAGAUCACUCCUGUGCCUGGUGGUGUCGGCCCAAUGACUGUUGCUAUGCUCCUGUCAAACGUCGUUGCUGCCGCCGAUGUUCAAUCGGAGAAAGCCAAGGCAAGGCACAUCACUCCUUUGCCAUUGAAGAUCAAGUCUCCUGUUCCUUCGGACAUUGCCGUGUCUCGUGCUCAGCAUCCAAAGCUGAUUAACAAGGUAGCGUCGGAAAUUGGAAUCCGAUCUCACGAGUUGGAGCCAUAUGGUGCAUACAAAGCCAAGGUGUCAUUGGACGUGCUCAGGCGAUUGGAACACCGUCAGAACGGCCGCUACAUUCUCGUUGCUGGUAUCACACCCACACCUCUCGGCGAAGGUAAGAGUACCACCACGAUUGGUUUGACUCAGGCCCUCUCUGGCCAGCUUGGCCGUAUCGCCUUUGCCAACGUCCGUCAGCCAUCUCAGGGUCCCACCUUUGGAAUCAAGGGUGGUGCAGCUGGUGGUGGGUACAGUCAAGUCAUUCCCAUGGACGAGUUCAACCUGCAUUUGACUGGUGAUAUCCACGCUGUGACUGCAGCGAACAACUUGCUGGCUGCCGCCAUCGACACGAGAAUGUUCCACGAGGCUACCGCACCGGAUCCAGCGCUCUUCAACCGACUCGUGCCUGCCAAGAAGGGCAAGCGCACGUUUGCCAACAUCAUGUUCACCCGUCUGAAGAAGCUUGGGAUCGACAAGACCAACCCUGACGACCUCACACCUGAGGAGAAGACAAAAUUCUCCCGACUCGACAUUGACCCGGAGACCAUCACAUGGCGACGUGUACUAGAUGUCAACGAUCGUCACCUACGUGGUAUCACCAUCGGUCAGGCACCAUCCGAGAGCAAGGUCGCACCACGACAGACGGGUUUCGACAUCUCUGUCGCUUCCGAGUGUAUGGCUGUGCUUGCUCUUGCCACUGACCUCUCUGACCUCAGAGCCCGUCUCGGUCGCAUGGUCAUUGCAUCUUCCAAAGCGGGUGACCCAGUCACCGCUGACGACAUCGGAUGCGCCGGUGCGCUGGCUACUCUGAUGAAGGAUGCCGUCAAGCCAAACUUGAUGCAGACAUUGGAGGGUACUCCCGUAUUCGUCCAUGCUGGUCCAUUCGCAAACAUCAGUAUCGGAAACAGCUCCAUCAUUGCCGACCGCAUCGCACUCAAGCUUGCUGGCACUGAGCCCGAUGAGGCGGCCGAGCGUGACGAGAAGGUCGGUUUCGUAGUUACUGAGGCUGGGUUCGAUUUCACCAUGGGCGGCGAGCGAUUCAUGAACAUCAAGUGUCGUGCCUCUGGCCUCGUUCCUGAUGUUGUUGUCAUCGUCGCUACUGUGCGUGCUCUCAAGGUCCACGGCGGCGGUCCUGAGAUCAAGGCCGGCGCACAGUUGGACCCCGUCUACACCACGGAGAACGUCGACAUCCUUCGCAAGGGUUGCAUCAACCUUGCCAAGCACAUUGAGAACGCCAAGUCAUAUGGUGUCAACGUUGUCGUUGCUAUCAACAGAUUCGACACCGACACCGAGGCUGAGUUGCAGGUCAUCCGCGAGGAGGCCAUCAAGGCUGGUGCCGAAGACGCCAUUACUGCCAAUCACUACGCAGAGGGCGGCAAGGGAGCUGUCGAUCUCGCCAAGGGUGUCAUUGCUGCUUCCGAGAAGAGCGAGCAAGAUCAGUUCCACUUCCUCUACGACCUCAAGGGCUCCGCACAAGAGCGUAUUGAGGCCAUCGCCAAGAAGAUGUACGGCGCUGCUUCCGUCUCCUUCUCCGAGACAGCACAGAAGAAGAUUGACACCUACACCCGCCAAGGUUACGGUGACCUUCCCAUCUGUAUUGCCAAGACUCAGUACUCCCUCUCCCACGACGGAGCGCUCAAGGGUGCACCAACUGGCUUCGAAGUUCCCAUCCGGGAUGUCCGCAUGGCUGCUGGUGCUGGAUACCUGUAUGCUCUUGCAGCAGACAUUCAGACCAUUCCUGGUCUGCCCACUGCACCUGGCUACCUGAACGUUGAGAUUGAUGGCGAGACUGGAGAGAUCGACGGUCUCUUCUAG